AUGUCCAAGGUUCUCCUGACAGACAGCGAGAAGGAGUCAAAAGAAAACGUCGGGGAUGAAAACCCCACUCGAGGGAACUGGACAAACAAGACUGAAUACAUUCUCUCAAUAGUGGGUUAUGCCAUCGGUCUAGGAAACAUCUGGAGAUUUCCCUAUUUGGCAUAUAAAAAUGGUGGAGGUGCGUUCCUGAUUCCUUAUUUUGUGACGUUGAUCGUCUGUGGAAUCCCCAUGUUCUUCCUGGAAACGGCUCUGGGUCAGUUCUGCAGCCAGGGUCCCAUUAACGUGUGGAGAAGCGUCCCUCUUCUGCAAGGCAUCGGCAUAGCCACGGUGGUGACGAACACCUUGAAGAGCAUCUACUACAACGUCAUCAUUGCCUACAGUCUGUACUACAUGUUCGCGUCCUUCCAGUUCCCCCUUCCCUGGUCAGCCUGCUUCGUUUGGGCAGACAGUAACUGCAGUGCACCAGCAGAGACCAACCAGACUCAGGGCUUCAACUCCUCGCAGCUCUUGACUCCACACCAGGCUCUGACAGAGAAGUUCUGGGAUGAGGAGAUGCUGCAAAGAUCCAGUGGUCUGGAUGAAACAGGGCCAGUGGUCUGGCACUUGGCGCUGUGCUCGCUGCUGAGCGUCAUGAUCGCCGCAACAUCGCUCUUCAAAGGUAUCAAGUCGUCAGGCAAGGUUGUCUAUGUCACGACGACUCUGCCGUACGUGGUGAUCUUCAUCCUUCUGAUCCGCGGAGUGACGCUGGAAGGAGCUGGACAUGGGAUCGAUUAUUAUAUUGGAGCCAAAUCUAACUUGACCAAACUUUCUGAAAUUGAGGUGUGGAAGGACGCUGCCACUCAGACCUUCUUCUCUCUGUCUAUCGCGAUGGGAGGAGCCGUGACUCUGGCUUCCUACAACAACUUCCACAAUAACGUCUUCAUGGAUGCUCUGCUGGUGUGCUUUGUCAACCACGGCACCAGUGUGUUCGCCGGCUUCGCCAUUUUCUCCGUCAUAGGUCACAUGGCUCACAUCUACAACUUGCCGAUCGAAACAGUCGUCACCGAAGGUUUUGGCCUGGCGUUCAUCGCCUACCCGGACACCCUGGCCAAGCUACCCGUGUCUCCUCUGUGGUCCAUCCUGUUCUUCUUCAUGGCCUUCACUCUCGGGAUCGACAACUUGUUUACACUUCUGGAGGUGAUCAUCACCUCCCUGACCGAUGGCUUCCCUGACGUCCUCAGACCUAGACGGGUGCAUUUAUGUGCGGGGGUGUGUGUCAGCGUCUACCUGCUGGGCCUACCGUGUGUGACCAGGGCAGGGAUUUACUGGGUGACACUUCUGGACAGCAUGACAGCCAACUGGGCACUUCUGGUGCUGGUCAUCCUGGAGAUUAUCGGCCUUGUCUACAUUUACGGAGUGAACCGAAUCAUUCAGGACAUUGAGAUGAUGAUCGGGAAAAGGAGCUUUUACUUCUGGCUCAUGUGGCGAGCGUCUUGGUUCGUGAUCACGCCGUGUGUCGUCCUAGUCAUCGUGUUCUGGGCUUUCGUCUCCUACGAGCCGCUGACCUACGGGCUGCUGGAGUACCCGGAGUGGGGACUGGCUCUGGGCUGGUGCAUCAAUGCCUUCAUCCUGAUCUGGAUCCCAUUGGUCGCCGUCAUGCGGCUGCUGGCCGCGGAGGGGAACCUCUGGAAGCGUCUGAAGGCGACGUGUGCGCCCGCGGACGACUGGCAGCCCUUCCUGGAGAUCCACCGUGGAGAACGCUAUGCAGCUGAGCACUGUCAGAAGACAGCAGAAGAAACUCAAAAUGAUAAAGUGGACUAA